AUAUCGGAUCCUGCCACUUGGCCAGCCACUCGAAAUAGUAAAAUCAUUGAUCAUAUAAUUACUAGUGGCCCAGUGCAAGCUCACAUUGAUAAUUAUCCGAAAAGUGAUACAGGCCGACAUUUCUCUAAUUCGCAUUUCACAAAAAAACUUGCAAACAAUGAAACAAUUCAGCGCCGUUGGUUAAUUUACUCCGUUUCUAAAGAUCGAGUUUAUUGUUUUUGUUGUCGACUAUUUGAUAGUAGCUCAACGUCGAACUUAGUAUCUGAAGGGUAUAACAACUGGAAACACUUGUCUGAAAUGUUAAAAAUUCAUGAAAAUAGCACUUUUCAUAAAAAGUGUUACCUUUCAUGGAUUGAAGCUGAACUACGAUUAAAAAUAGGAAAAACAAUAGACUGCCAAGAACAACACUUGAUUAGAAAGGAAACUACAAGAUGGAAUAAUGUUUUGUCUAGAUUGAUGCAUAUCACACUUUAUUUAGCCGAAAACAAUAUGGCAUUCAGAGGUACUUCCGACAAACUAUAUACGCCAAAUAACGGAAAGUUCCUAGGCUUAGUACAACUACUAGCCAAAUUUGAUCUAGUCAUGCAGGAGCACUUGCGAUUAGCUAUGAAAGGUGAUGUCUCAGACCACUACUGUGGAAAAGACAUUCAAAAUGAAUUAAUAGAGCUGAUGGGUGAAAAAGUGAAGUCAGAAAUCAUAUCACGUGCAAAAAAAUCAAAAUAUUGUUCAAUUAUAGCUGACUGUACUUCAGACAUUAGUCAUGUAGAACAACUUUCGCUGACAUUACGAUUUGUUGAUUUAUCAGAUGAUAAUGAAAAAAUAUCAGUAAAAGAGCAUUUCUUGGAAUUUAUACCUGUCAAUGAGUCAACUGGUGAAAGACUGACUGAAGUUAUUAUUAAUGUUUUGAAUAAAUACGGAUUGGAAUUGAACGAUUGUAGGGGUCAGGGUUAUGACAACGGGGCGAAUAUGAAAGGAAAAAAUAUUGGGGUUCAAAGGAGAAUUCUCGACAUAAACCCCUUAGCUGUUUAUAUACCGUGUGGAUGUCAUAGCUACAAUCUAGUACUAUGCGAUGCCGCUAAGUCAUCCGUUGUAUCAGUCACUUUGUUUGGGGUACUUCAGAGGUUGUUCACAUUGUUUUCAGAUUCUGUUCAUCGAUGGAAAAUUCUAACCGAUCACUUGGGACUAUAUACUAUAAAAAAGCUCAGUGACACACGUUGGGAAGCAAGAAUAAGCAGUGUUAAAGCAGUCCGUUAUCAAAUUAGUGCUAUCCAUGAUGCUUUAAUUACUUUGGCUAUUGAAACUCAGAAAACCGAUGUUCAAGUAUCUCAUGAGGCUACUACUCUAGUCGAACAGCUAAAAGAUUUCAGCUUUAUAGUUUCAUUGGUUGUUUGGUAUGACAUACUUUUUCAAAUAAAUAUUGUAAGUAAAUCUCUACAGUCAACAGACAUGGAUCUUGGUAAAUGUACAGAAAUGCUGAAAAAAUGCUGCCAUUUCUUGGAAGACUACAGAAAUACAGGCUUCAAAAGCGCUAUAUUAACUGCAAAGGAGUUGACCGCAGAGCUAGAAAUUGAACCUGUCUUUCAAGCUAGAAGAAGAAUUCGACAUGUGAAACGUCAAGUUGGUGAAAUUGCACGUGAUGACCCUAUAACUUCUCCAGAAAAAAAAUUUGAGGUUGAAUUUUUCAACUGUCUUUUAGACACAACAAUAAAUUCAGUCAAUGAAAGGUUCGAACAGUUAAAUGAGUACUCGAAAUCUUGGUCUUUUUUAUACAAUAUUAAACAAAUUCCAGAAAAACCCGACCUCGUCAAGCUCUGUAGUGAUCUCCAAUUAAAAUUAACUGUAGACUCUAGAUCAGACAUAGAUGGUUGUAUGUUGUGUGAUGAACUAGUAAGUCUGAUAUCCUUUUUGCCCGAUCAAAAUGUGGUUACACCUAUUUUUGUUUUAAAUUUCAUCAAAGAUCGCUACUUACAAGAACUGUAUCCAAAUGUAUGGAUAGCAUUGCGAAUAUUACUGACUAUACCUGUAACGGUUGCUAGCGGGGAGCGGAGUUUUUCAAAGCUGAAGCUGAUAAAAACCUAUCUUCGAUCAACAAUAUCUCAAUCUAGAUUGACAAACUUAGCAACUUUGUCAAUUGAAAACGAAAUUGCUGAAAACAUAGACUUUGAUAACCUUAUAAAAGAGUUUGCUGAUAGAAAGGCCAGAAAAGUAAAAUUUUAUUAGUUUGUUUCUAAUAAAUGGUUAUUUUUUAUAAUAAAUAAUUAUUUGUUUUAAUAAAUGGUUAUUUCAUUAUAUGCUUUCCCUUUUUUCCUAUGGGUUUGAAUUGUAGUUGGAGGGCGCCGUAGAAAUCUCGCCCAGGGCGCUGGUAGUGGUAAAACCGGCACUGCAUUGUACCUCUCAAAUUAUAAAUAAACAAUUGUGUUCAGAUCAAACAUUUGUGUUAUUCAAUAUCAGUGUUAACCCACAAAUACAAAACCAGGCAUGUUAUUGAGAGUCUAGAAGAUAUAAUUAAAACGUUUGGUGUUCCUCGACGUAUAAUCACGGAUCAGGGGCGAUUCUUUA